AAUCUUAAAAGUUAAUUUUACAGUUAUAAUUAACUUGUUCAUAAAAAUGAUGUGGUGUCAGUUCUGUGAUAGUGCAUUUGAAUCCGUCUUAUCAUACUGUCAGCACAUGAAAAUGCAUAGUCAUGUUCCUAAUGCUUAUUUUAAAUGUGGUAUUCCUGAUUGCCCCAGAAGAUUCAAAAAGUUUGCUGCUUUUAAGGCUCAUAUAUUCAGGGAUCACAAAAAGAAGGACACAAAGACGUCUGCUGAGCAAUUAGGCAAAGCACAUUCUCCCAUCAUCUGUAAUUCAGUCAGUAAUUGAGGGGCUGCAGGACAUCCAUGAUAUUAGCCAGUCUCAUUUGCUACACAUGGUAAGUGAAAAAUUAACUACACUUGGCAUUUCUGAAACUGAUGUAAAGAAUGUUGUAGACAUUAUGAAAACUGAUGAUCUUUUUCGGAUGUGUAAUACCCAUACACUACACACUGAUAAGAGGAGAAAGUCUUUCUAUAAAGCCAAUUUCAAGUAUGUUGAACCUGUCCCCAUCUGCCUUGGUAAAAACGAAUCUGGCAAGGAAAGCUUUGCUCAGUACAUUCCCAUUAAGCAAAGCUUAGAAGCUCUGUUCUGCUGUAAAUCAGUUAUAGAACAACAUAAAAAUUCACGAUCUACAGUUAAAGCAAAUGAUGUCCUCAGUGAUGUAUGGGAUGGCAGUAAUGUUGAUGACAAUGUGCUGUUAAAAGAUGAUACAGAUUCGUUGGCUUUAAUCUUGUAUCAAGACGCUUUUGAAGUGGCAAACCCACUUGGAUCUGGCAAAAAAAAGCACAAAAUUCUUGCUGUUUACAUGACACUUGGAAACCUGUUGCCUUACUGCAGGUCAGGAAUUGACCACAUGCAGCUAGUUCUGCUGUGUAAGGAACAAGACUUUAAGUUUUUUGGCCAGGAUUUGGUUUUUGCCACUCUGGUACAAGAUCUUAAAGACCUCGAGGAAAAUGGGGUUCGGUUAGCUGAUGGAAAGGUUCACAAAGGUACACUAUGCGCAAUAGCAGGAGAUAACCUUGGAUCCCAUUACAUUGGUGGCUUUGUGGAAAAUUUCAGUAGAAGUAACCACUUCUGCAGAUUUUGUGAAAUUGACCGCCAAACAUUUCUUUCAGCACCCCUGACAAAGGCAUUAACGAGAACUGUAAUGUCAUAUGAACAGAAUCUUAGGGAUUUGGAUUCAGGUGCAGCUGAAAUUGCUGUUGGUGUCAAAUGCAAUUCUCCAUUUAAUGACCUAAAGUACUUUCACGUAUGCCAGCCAGGAUUACCUCCCUGUCUAGGACAUGACCUUUUUGAAGGUGUUGUGUCAUUUGACCUUGCUUUGUAUGUGGAUCACCUUGUAAAUCAAGAGAUGCAGUUCACUUACACUGAACUGAAUCGCCGCAUUAGCCAGUUUAAGUAUCUGGGGAAUGAUGCACGUGAUAAACCAGCUAACAUUACUCAGGGUACUGGGAAAUUAAGUGGACAUGCAGUGCAAAAUUGGUGCCUGCUCAGGUUUUUACCUCUUUUGGUAGGGGAAAAAAUUGCCAAUCCAACUGAAAAUGAGGUGUGGCAGUUAAUACUUCAACUUAGACAAAUAGCAGAGCUCAUCUGUGCUCCUGUAAUUACAGUCGGUCAGAUUGCUUAUUUAGCAGUUCUAAUUGAAGAGUAUAUUGAGACUAGAAAGAUGUCUUUUCUAAGUCAUCCACUUAAACCGAAACACCACUACAUGUCCCAUUACCCUGAACUCAUUGAACGUUUUGGUCCACUCAUUCGCUUGUGGACGCUGCGUUUUGAGAGUAAGCACUCGUACUUUAAACAGUGUGCCAGAAAAUUGCACAAUUUCAAAAACCUGAGUGCUACAUUGGCAGAAAGACAUCAGCUUCUGCAGGCUUACCUAAAUUCAGGAAGCAUUUUCCCUGAAAAUGUUGUGGCAGAGAAAGGGACAGAAUUUCAUGCAAGUGACUACAACGAUGACAUUCAAGGAUCUGUUGCAUGCUUUCACUUUGAACCAGGGAAUACACUGGCAUCAAAUGAAGUGACACAUAAGCUGGCCCGGGAAUGUGAUUGA